UCAGGGGGCGUAGGUUUACCACCGGCUCACUCAGACACAAUGAACCGUCAGUCAGAGGGGUACACGCAUGUUGGCUUGGCGGAACUGGCACCAUUUUAACCCACUUUUAGCCACUCUUGUACAUUUCUUUGAUGUACAUGACAAUUAAGGAAGCGGAGGAGCUCUUUAUGGGGUUUACAAGUGCAGCUACGUCGAGUUUGAUGAAAACGAGGUCGGGAGUAGACUACAGUAGUUAGCCCCUCCUGCCUGCUGGAACCCCCGCCACCCACCUCAUUUAUUUUUGCUACUUUUUGGACCCCAAGAUUAACCAUGUCGGUCACCGCAUCCUCUGACUACUUCGCCGCCGAAUGUUUGGUCUCGAUAUCGAGUGGACCGGUUUUGCACAGACCCACCCCGGUGGCUCUCGCCGCCAGCCAGCCGAGUACCACCGCGGGCCUGCUCCCUGGGGAGCACGACGGCUCGAACGAGGACCGCGAAGUACGGGAGACCCUGAGGUUGGAGGGGGCCAACAUGAUGACCGUGGCCGGUAUCCUCACAGACCUCCACGGCAAGUUCCGGCCCAUGUCGGCCUACUCUGAGAGUAGCAACUCAUCGUGCGGUGGGGAAAGCGGUUACACCACGUUGUCGGACCCCACCACCCCGACCAUGACCCCCUCCGCUACCCCGGUCCCCGGACAGCAACCGCCGAGGGGGGGAGCGGGAGGCGUGGGGCCCCCACGCUCCCCCGUGAAGAGGCACCACUGCACUUUUGACGGAUGCGACCGAGUUUACGGGAAAUCAUCUCACUUGAAGGCACACAUCCGGACACACACAGGCGAGAGGCCCUUUCCAUGCACCUGGCCCGACUGCGAAAAGAAGUUUGCCCGCUCCGACGAGCUGGCCCGCCACACCCGCACACACACGGGGGAGAAACGCUUCAUGUGCCCGUUAUGCGACAAGCGCUUCAUGCGCAGCGACCAUCUGAUCAAGCACGCCCGGCGUCACCCCAAUUUCCAACCUGCCAUGUUGGGGCGCAACAAGGGCAUGUCCUCUCCCAGCCUGAAUGUCCACCAUUAGAUGGUUCAGGUCACUUGGGGCAGGAGCAUCGACGGUCACCAGUGAGGGAUUAACCAGCUACAAUUAGUUUCAUUGAGGAAAAAAAAAUUAAGCAUUGCUCUAUUGUGCUUAAGCGGCGCAAGUACAAAAAUCCACACGGGGCUGGAUGUGAGUCGCUAGUAGCAUUAGCAGCGCAGCCCGCACAGAGGAGUCAUGUGACCACUUUCCACCUGCAACAUGAAAAGGGUUGUGUAUUGUUGGCUGUUUCUUCGAGGGACCAGUUCCAAAUCCUUAAAUUCAGAUUUCGACGUGCUUUUCGAUCCCACUUGAUUGAUUCCUGGAAUUGAUUUGGCUCUACUGCACUUUCUUUUCAAAUCGCCGCUGUGUUCAAAUCUAGCAAAACCGCUAGUUUUUUGUUUUGUUUUUUAAAUGACAAAUGGAAGAGAAUACAGUCCAAUGUGAAGCUACACAACUCAUUUAUGUCAUACAAGAUUUUCUACUUCUGAUUUGGGACAUAGUAGGUCUCCCGGAAGGAUCACACCAGCAGAUUAGGACAUUAUAUCGCGAGUGGAUAUUUUAAAUAAAUAAAAAAAACACUUUGUUAUUCAUUUAUGGUUGGUAGGAUCUACUAAAAUGAAAUGAUUUUUGCCUCCUAUCAAAAUGUGGGUUUCUUUUCUCAGGUGGGAUCUGAUAAGAGUUGGAAUCGAAAAAAGCAGAUUUCAAUUGACAAAAAUCAACCCAACCCUCAAACCAUAUCAGACUCUCAAUCUGCAGGGAUUUUUUUUUUCCUAUUUCUGUCAAAAUCUGCACAUCACAGCAACACAACAGCCAAAUCUCCUCUGUCAUUUCGUGGUUAUUUUGUAAAUUGUUGCCGUACUCUGCAGUAGCAUUUAUUUACUGUGGGUAGCACAAUAAUAUUCUGAUGUUAGUUUAGCACAGCAACAGCUAGAAGAUUAUUUCUAUUUUGAGCUCUACCGAUUCCAUGUUUUUGCAAGUUUUAGUGGUGAUACAUUCCUUUUCUUUUUGUCCUAAAAUUGCAUUGAAGCAUCAUCCCAAAUUAUUUCUUUUUUAUAUUAAAUCUAACCAUAGAUUAAAUAUCAAUUUGGCCAUCAAGUGGCUCAGGCUUCACUGUAGAAGAACUGUUUGCACGUGAUUCUUAAGACAUCCUGUAGGACCCUGGAAGCGCUGACACAUAAUACGCAGUAGUAUUAUGUCUAAUAAUGAUGCAAAUGUAUAUAAGCUUCAAGCUUUUAAUGUAGACAAAAAAAGUAUAAUGCAGCUAGCAGCAGAAGUAAUACAUGUGAUGUAGUCCUUAUAUUAGGGGGAACCGUAUGGGCUUGAUAGGAAGGCCUUUGCCUGCGUGUGUUGGCGUGUACGCUUUCGCCUUAGAUUCUUUUUGUUUUUAACUCUUAUUAUUUGCUCGUGACAGACGAUUUUUGAUGUGCUACCUUUGAAGUAAACGCACCGAGUCCAUGAGUGGUGCGGAGCCAGAUAGCGAAAUACCUUUCGGAAUAUAAACAGGUUUUCCCUCACACAGCAGCCUUAUAAACGAGACUCUUGCCGUCUGGCGUUCAUGUGGUACUGCUGAGCUAAGUAGAAAAUAGAACGGGUACAAAAUGUGAUUCGACUUUUCUGUUUGUUGUAAGAGACUAAAAGGGAGAUGGCGGUGAUGUUGAGAGCAAAUACCAAAUAUACUGGAGAAAGAUCUGUUUUCCAAAUGCAUCUCAGUUGAUUUUGGUGACACAUGGGCCCCACAGCCUUUUCUUCUGACCCAAAACUGUAGAAAAGAAAGUCUGGAUUAGUUAUUAGCUUAGUUAUUUUUUUUAUUUAACGCGCAAUGAUGCUAGAUUUUGUUUCAUUCAUCUUGACCUCACACAGAUGUCAUCUUUCUGAGUUUUGGGGAAAACAAUACAGGCCCAAAACUCAGCCUGUACAUUAAACAUCGCGAUAACGCAGAGGGAUCAAUUCAAAGACGGUCCAGACUUUUUUUUUUUUUUUAUUGUUUUGUACUAUCCAACAUCCAGACACAUUCACACUAACAAGAAAAAAACACUACCCGCCUGUAGUCAGCGGUCUUACACUUGAUAUCUGACUCCAGUCCAACGUGAUUCAACAAUGUUGCUAUUUCAAUCUUUUUGAGUGUAAAAUGAAGUUCGGGUUCUUCUUUUCUUCUGUUUGACGCACUAGGGGGGCUAAAAAGUUAACUUCAGAGAAGUUAAAGACGCCAACAGCGGUGCCAACGAAAAUGCUAACUGGGCCCUGACAGUUGUCGUCGCUAAUCACCGUCAGCGUAACGUCCGCAACUUUGCUAGUCGCGGCGUUCCACAGGGCAACUCACUCACUCUUACAAAGCAAACCUCAGUUUUCCCUACAUCGUUUGUCCAGCAUGGACCUAUUUUCUUUUAGCCUCAACACCUAUUCAGGAGAUUCUGAAAGCCUUAAACUACAUUACAACCACCAUGUUUACAGUUUGAUCACUGCAUAAGUAUAUACACAUUGUCUUCUUUUUGGGCUCUUUACACAAAAGAUCCUUAUGCAAUGUGGCACUUUUUGUCUUACAAGUGUUCAGUACUUGGCUCCAAAACGUGUCAGGGCAGUGUGACUAUGCGUCUUCAAGAAAACUCUGUGGAACUUUAUAAACUAUGUUGCUAGGUUGUCAAACUGCCUUUACUCUUAAGUGCUCUAGAAAGGGUGACAAAAUGUGUUGUGUUUCGACUCACGAAGAACAUAUCUUUGUUUUUCCUGUUCCACAAUCACUCAUGCAUCUUCAUAUACGGGUCAAUAUUAACAUCAAGUGCCUUUGGAGUCCUCAUCAGAAUCAGUGGCCAAACCUUAAAAGAAAAAUGUCCACCCUAUCGACAAGCUCACAUAUUUUUUGAAAAAAUAACUUGAUUAGUUAGCAUCUCUAACCACUUAAACUCAACAUAAUUCAAUGGAAAAAAACUUUUGAUAGUAUAAUGAGGACGUCUCAAAGACCUAAUGCUGAUUUUGACUCAUACAGUCUCAAUAUUCAUCCCAAUGACAACUGCACUCAUUGGACUCAGUGUUUUGCUUUUUUUUUUUUUAAUCAUCAGUUUUUGGUUACUGCUGGCAGUGACUUGGGACGCACGGACAGUUUUUCCCACUCAUUCACACUAACUACCUGUUUUCCCCCACUUUCCAAUGGCUGUACUUAUGUCCAUUUUCUCUCUCACACGCACACACACACAAAGAGUGUGUCCUCACAAAGACUCUUCAGGUUUUAAAGCGAUCAUAUUGCAAUAAGAACAUACCUCACAGUUUUUCUUCUUUUCUUUGUUUCUGCAAAAUCCAUCCAAUAUGUCUCUGUCAUUGACACCCCAAGAUCCUGUUGCAACAUCACAGUUCUCGCACACUUCUUAUCGAACGUCUAAUGUUGACAUGUGUAACAUUAAUGACUCCGCUGCAUGAAUUUUGCUCCAAAGCAGUUAUUGAAAUGAAAAGCAAAAAAAAAAUACUGGUAGUCUGUCACUUCACUGCAGUUAUUAAUUGUGGAAAAAAAAGCUCAGUCCAAAUUGUUCAUAUCACUAAAUGUGCUGUGUUGGACGCAUUAUCCACUUUGGAUUUCCUUUUAUGUGCUGCCUCUCUGUGGGGGUUACAAAAAAAAAAAAAAGAUCAUUACUUUCCACCACACUAAUUGAGAUAUGCACAUUGUACAGGAAAGGGUGUUUUUUUUUUUUAUUGUCUUUUUCUUUUUUUAAUUAAAAAUCCUCUUAUGAAAAGGCUCUAGUUAAGGAUAAUAGGAGGAACUGUGGAAUGGAAUAAUUGCUGCAACAAGCUGUUUUGAUAUUUAUAUUCUCAGGUUUGUUCACGUUUUCAGCAUCAGGCUUUCUAGAUUUCUUGUGCGACACAAGCACAUUUUAUUCCUUUUUAGCUGGUUAAUUUAUUACGAAACGUAUCAUUUGUGUGGUUUGAUUUCUUUCAUAACUAUUUUUGUGACAUGGAACUGCUAAUGUUUUAAAAAGGGUUCCGCUGUUUGCUUGACAUAAAAUGCUUUUCAUUCUGCCUUUUUUUUUUUUCAAUAAAAAGCCCUAAGUUUGUUCAA